GCAAGCAUGGGGUGGCAACAUGAAGAAAGAACGACAUGCGCAUGACUUAGGAGCGCCAAGAAUUCAACGUGCCGCCAAAAGUGUGUGCCGCCUGCCUAGGUUGGAGGGCAGCGCAAUGUGCUUGGCCAAACCUCCACCAAUCAGCCCAUUUCCCCUACGUACCGGGCGGUGCAGCAUGGGAUGCGCGCUGCCUUGGUGCUGGUCAUUGCCAGCUGCGCAGGUCUCGACGCGAGGAUCCCCGAUGGAGAUGCCAACUCGUUCAUCUCCUCGGCAGUCAAGCGCCCGAAGAACGCCCGGGCGCGGGCCUUCAAUCGGAGCUCCCACGUGGACUUCUUGCUGAAGCUGGCUUCAGCGGGGACCCAGCAGCGCUGGCAGCAGUUCCUCCAGCGGCGCCGCGCCUGGCCCCUGGAGCCGGGCGCGCUGCGCCGCGGCGCCCCGCAGCCCCAGGAUCAGCUGCUGCCGCCCUUGCGCCCCUGGCGGCGAGGGUUUGGGCACACGCUGUCACCGGUGUGCUGGAAUGCGGAUUGGUCGCCUUCGGACUGCUGUUUCUUUCAGCCCAUGGACACGGCGCUGGGGGUGUGCUUCGCCAACGACACGGACAUGUUUAUGGACUGCUGCCCCUGGGAGACCGUGGAGGAGAUGCAAUCCUCGAUGCUGGCCUGCGACUUGUCCCCGGACAACAGCUCCUGGCGCCAAAUCCAACGCGCCUUCGACGGGUGUGUGGGGCCGGACGAGGCCAGGUGCCUGGAGCAGGUGGCCCUGCGCUUCCCGCUGCACCACGACCCCCUCUGCGCCAUGGGCGCGGCCAUUGGGGGCAUUUUCCUCUCGGCCCACAAGCCCUACAACGAGUUCGAGGACUCCAACGCGAUUCUGCCGGAUGGCCGGAUGCAAGGAUUUGAUGAGUGCCUUCUCUAUGGCAUUGAUCAGGCGAGCUGCUGCGUGAAGGUUCGCUUCUGCAAGUGCAACUCUCAUCCGGCGGACAACGUUGGGUGCAACCUAGGCGUGGCGGUGGAGUGUGCCAUAUGCUUGAUGCUCAUCCCUGCGGUGCUGCUGAAGCAGUCCGGCUGGGGCAAGAUGCUCGCGUGGAUCGUGGAGGACCUGCAGCGCCUUUCCAUCGGCCGAAGCAUCGGCCGCCAGACCGCUGAGCCCACAGAGCUGCUGAGGAGCGCCGUUUGGGGCCAGAGCGGCGACAGCCACGCGGCGCUGCUGCGGCUGAGCAACGCCUCUGGGCCGCUGGGGGAGCGGCUGUCGGGCGCCGUGGUCGAGGAUUUCUUCACCCAGGCCAUGGCGAGCCGGAACCCCAUGGACGCCUGGGCCGCGUCCAUCGAGACAGGCGUGCUGCAGGCGCUGGCAGAUUUCCUGAAAGCACCACGGGCACCGCACGGUCGGCGCCCGCCGGUGCCGAUGAAGCGGCUGGAGGCCAUUGACAAGCUCAUCCCACGGAACCUCAGGUCGAUCGUUCCCAAGCAGUUCCUGGUGACCCAAGGGUCGCGUGCCCGCGCCUUGCGCGGCAUGAUGGGCCCCCAGCGCCUCGAGAGGCAGCGGGGCGGCCUCUUGGAGGCGGCCUGGACUCAAGCGCUGCGUUCCUGGCCGGGCUUGUGCUGCCCGCCGGACGCCACCGGCGCCCUGGCGCUGCUGCAUCCCCCCCCGGCGGGGAACGCCAAGUGGCCGGCGCUGCUGCUGGCGCUGUGCCUGGCCUGCGAGGCGCGGGACCGGCGCCUGCUGGCGGAGGUGGAGCGGGGCAUCCAAUGCCUGGGCCAGGGCUGCACGUUGCUCAUGCGGCUGCAGAUCCAGGAGCAACACGUUUGGAACCUUUGGAAGGACCCAGCGGCCAAGAGGUGGCUUCCCUUGCUGCAGCUGGUGCUGGACCGGUUCCUGCGGCCGAAAACUGCCAAAGCGCCAAAGGCCAUGCAAGUGCUGACGACCACGGAGACGCUGAGCUUUCUCAAGGCGGGCGGCUCUAUGGCCCGCUUCGGGGAUGGGGAGUUCUGGUCCCUGGAUCGCGCCCACGUGACGCCGGUGCAGCGCAAUCGCUUCCUGCAGGAGUCCCUCAUCUACGUGGCGCGGCUGGGCACGACCGGUUGCCCCGGCUUCAAGCCGGCCAUGGUGGACGUACUAGGGUCCGAGGAGAGCUUCCCGGACCGGCUGAACUUCAACUGGUGGCGGGACCGGCCCUUCUUCCGGCAGGUGCCGUUCCGGUACUUCCCCCCGGGCCGCUAUGGCAACAUGUGGGUGAACUACCGGCCGGGCCAAGCCAACCGCGACGUGCGCGCCAUGCAGCGCUUUGUGCAGGGCUGGGAGGAGGUCUUCGCCAACAAGUCCGUGCUGCUGGUGGGCCACCCCUUCGCCCAGGCGGCCACCGCUGGCCAGGCCACCGGGGUCAUGUUCGCCGCAGCGGUUUCGGAGUACGACUUCCCCGUGCGUGUUGCUCAGCUCUCCUGGAGGAUGAUGCGCCAGGUCGCCACGGAGCGCUUGGCGCCCUUUGGCCGCGCCCGGGACGUGCGUCUCAUGCGGCCGCUGGCGGUGGCGUUGGCCUCGUCCGUGCGCUGGCACGGGGUGCUGGACACGGUGCGCGAGGUGGUGGACCAUUCGGAUAUCGACGUGGUGGCAGUGUCCUGGGGGCCCCAAGCCAAGCCGCUGGUGGCGGACGUGGCCUGCCGUGGAACCCAGGCGGUUGAUGUGGGCAGAUUGCUGUGGGAGCUACAUGGCAUUCGCGCCAUGUCUGGGGAGCUCCUACAGCCGGGGAAAGCCGGGGAAAAAGACUGGAUUGCGGAGGGCGCGGAUGGCUUGAGCCUCAGCCUCAACGGCAGCUGGUGGCUGCGCCCCAAGAGCCCUGAGACUUUGCACAGCCCCCGCAAGGGCUCGCUGCCAAGCCUGCUGGAAGAGUCAAGGCCUCACUCCAAGAAGAGCGGUCCUCGCUUCAGCUCGCCCGCCUUCCAUCGUGCCUCCGCGCCGGCGCUGCACCGCCGGGUUGAAGCGAGCCAAGGCCUCUUUGAGCGGCCCAUCAGCCCCAGCAAUGAGCCAGGCCCCCACGGCCGGCGCUCGGACUACGAGGAGGCCUGUGCCAAGAGUGGGCUGCUGCCGAAGUUCGCCCGGGCGGUGCAGGAGCGCAGGGGUCGGGACACCUUGGACCUCAGCGGCCUGGGCUUCGGCGACCUCCAGCUGCGCGCCAUGCUCUGCGACCGCCAGCUGCUACCGGCGCCUCUGGUGCGGCGCUGGCGCCUGCGGGAUGCACGGCUCAGCGGCGCCGGGGUGGAGGCGCUCUCUGCCAAGCUGGCGCCGCAGACGGAGAUGUUGGACCUGGCGCGCAAUGAGAUGGGCGCCAAGGGCGUGCACUCCUUGGCCAGCUGCUUGCGCCAGAGGCUGCUGCCGCAGCUCCGGUGGCUGGAUUUGUCGAUGAACGGCUUGCGGGAUGGCGCCUUGUGGCCGCUGACGGAUGGGCUGCUGAGCUGCCCGCACCUGGUGCGCCUUGAGCUGAACCACAACUGCAUCGAGGAAGGUGGGGCCCUGGGCGAGCUGCUGGGCACCCACAACCGCCUGGCCAGGCUGUCUCUGCACAGCAACGCCCUGAGCGGCGCCGCCUUGUUCGAGGGCCUCCUGGCCAACGCCCGCUGCGGCCAGCUGUCCGACCUGGACGUGGCCUGGAACCACCUGGGCCCCAGCUCCGCUUGUGCCCUGGGCGCGGCGCUGCGCAGCUCCGUGGGUCUCUACCAUUUGGACCUGAGCUACAACAACUUGGGCCCCUCGAGCUGCCAGGCGAUUGCAGAUGGCUUGCGGGACAACCACCAUCUCUACGGCCUCCACAUUGUCGGCAAUGCUGCCACCAUCGACGCCGACGGCUUCCUCAGCGCCAACUUCGCGCGCACGGCGCCGCCGAACCGACCUCAAGCCCUCUUCGGGGAGCUCCGACAGGGCAUUGAUGGCCGAGUGGGCGCUGCACGGCCGUCCAGGGAUCCAGAAGUCUUGGAGACGGCUUGGACGGAUGAGGAGGUCCUACGUGAGCGCGACGUGUUGGAGCAGCGCAGCACGUGCUGGGCCUGUGAAGGCUGGCAGUGCCUGGAGCUCGCCUGGCCGCUGCGCCUGGGGGAGACCCCGCCCAAGGCGGUCUGGUGCUUCACCUCCAUCGACGGCUUUCGCUCUGGGCUGCGCCUGCGGAGGGAUCCCCCCGAAGGCCCUCCGUUGCGCUUCUUUGCGGCGCGUAUGGUGCCGCGGAGCUGCAAGAUCCUGGCGAUCUUCCAGGUGGACAGCGCUUUGCUCACCUCGGGUGCCACAGAGAUGCUGGCGGCGCCUGUAGAGAUUGAGCUGCGAGCCUGCGAGGAGCUGCCGCUGUUGGAGCCAGAGGACUUCCUGCGGAAGGAAGUGGUGCGGCGCAAGGGCGAGUUGGAGCAUCACUUCGUCCUGAGGAUGGACCGCGCAUGCGUGGUGAGGGACUGCGCCGAGCACGACGGAUCUCACGCCGCCCACUGCCACCGCACCGUGCUUCUGGACGGGCCCAACGGUGUGCCGGUCCAGAUGCCUCGCAUCACCGAAAGCGAAUUCCGCAUGCGAACGAAGGUGCCCAGGGGCCGGCCCUUCUACGCGGACUUCUGCGGGGAGACUCCGGCCAGGCUUAGGGACUGCUUCCUGCUGGACUGGUCACGGGCCAAAGUUGCCCGCAUCGCCAAGGGCGAGGCCGACCUGAAGGCUGCCGAAGAGUCCGCCCUGGCGCAGUACCGGCGCGUCCUCGCGCUGUACCGGGCCAGCGGGGAGCGGAGCGUGGGAACCACCCAGCUGGAGGCAUCUGGCCUCUUCCUGCAAGCUGGACUUGUAGACGACACCACCAGGGUGGCAGACAUCGACCGCUGCUUCAUCGCCGCUAAGGUGCUGCCUUUCGACCUGCGCAAGGGCGUCAAGCAGGGGGGCGACAAGGUCUUGUGCCGUCACCAGUUCCUGGAGAUGUUGCUGCGUGUGGCGGACCAGCGAUUUGUCAAGACAGGAAGAAUCGGCCUAGCGGAGGCCACCGCUUCCUUGAUGCAGGCGCUGGCGCCGGCAGCUGAUCCCAAGGUCAGGGAUUUGGACCUGUUCCACCAGCAGUUUCACACGGAGCAGGUGGACGAUGUGAUGAAGAAGCACCAUGCCAUCCUGCAGGAGGUGUACCGCCGCUUCAGCGGCCGCGUGGCCCACCCUGGCGCCGAGAGGUUCAUGUCCCUGGCCGAGUUUCAGGACUUGCUUGACACCAUCAAGCCCUACAACUCGGAGUUCUCUCAGAGGAGAUGUGGCUGGGCCUUCCGCCUCGCCAUGAUGACGCAGCCCGAAGAGCUCUUUGAGACUCGCUUUCAGGAGAUGAGCUUCUUGGAGUUUCAGCAUGCAGUGGGCGUCGUCACCUUCCUGCGGCAAAGGCCCACGGACAUGGCCGAAGCGCUCGAGACCUUCAUCCAGGAGAAGCUCCUGCCGGUGGGCAAGGAGAAACGGCCUUUGACGCGGAACUAA